AUGGAGAACCCUAACAGUUCGGGUGGCGAUUAUUGGGGAACCUUGAUCAAUGCCGACAAAAGUCCGACUCCUCUGCUGGAGGAACUCUGUAUCGCGUUGGCGCAGUUGAUGAUUAAACACGAUGCCGGCAAUGGAUCGACCGAUCUGACUCCUGAUAAACUCGCUCGUUUUUAUCGGGAAGUAGGCGGGAACUACGAUACUCUCUUUCUGGAGACGAAAGGAUCCGCGCUGUCCUUCAUAUAUCAAUCACUCGGGUGUUUUCAUACCCUGCAACCAACGACGAACCCGUUUGAACCGCCUUGUAUACCAGCUCUAUUGCCUACUGGAUUCGUGCGAUGGCAAGUCAUCAACCUUCUGCUAUGUCCAGACGAGCAUGUGAGAUACCUGCAAGAAGCCGUCAGUCGCUGGGAUGUGCCAAAUCCGUGUGGCGGCACAUUUCCAAAAGUCAUCCCUCGUGAAGCAUUCCCGCAAGCUCCAGACAAAGAUAUGGUGGAGUGGCAUGAAAACGUGAGCAAAAGACUACAACAGGACCAUGCAGACCAAAACUCGUCCCGUCGAAGUCCACCCGUUGACUUUGUUCGCUACUACUCGGCCGCAACCGGCGCACGCAAGUAUCGCCAUCCUUUCUAUGAGAGAACCCAUCGCUUCCAAGACGGCAGCCCAGCACCAAAUGCGCGAGAUUUCAGCGAUCAUGCUGACGAAACUCGUCACCAUCGAAGGCGUCAUAGCCCCGACGGCAGAGGUUAUCGAGCGCGGGUAUUUGGGGACGGUGCAGAUAUUCGACCCGGUUCGCGGACAAGUUCUCGCAAUCCAUCACCGAGACAAACGGCAUCUCCAGCGUCGGCAGCUCGCGUUCCGAUGCGAUCAAAAACGACUAGCGCGCGACAUCGGGAUUUUGCUUCGGAGCGGUUGUCUUCGUACCGUAAACACCGACCAAUGAACUCAUCCGACUCUUCGAACAAUGAUGACGGGCUUCUUCCGCAGAGACGACAUGGAUCAAUUGAUGAUCGCCGACAUGGACGUUCCACUCACUUAUCACCAGCUCGUCCAUCGCGGCCGCCACGGCGUCAUUCGCAUGACGCAACUUCGCCGAUGGCAGGUGAUUCAGAUGUGUCGCCAGAGAAGUCCCGAAAAUCACACCGAUAUGAUCGCCACGCAGCUCCUAGGACGCAAUUCCACGAGGAUAUGUUUGACGACACGCCUCGUCCUGGUCGAAAAGCCGACCAGCCUUUACCAUACGAAAUCAACCCUAAUAUACCCAAUAUACCGCGCGUCCACGUCAGAUACGAUGGAUCCCCGACCGAGCCUCGUGCAUCGAAACGUGGAAGCGGAUCAAGCGGUUCUGAGCGGGCGCGUUCGUCGAGUAACGGGAGCGGUGGUGGUGGUGGUGGUGGUGGUGAGGCAAGCUGGAAGAGAAAUAUUAGUCCGCAUCGUAAUGGAAGGAAACUUUCGCAUUCGUGA